CUGCGUCCAUAGCGUAAAAAAAUCACAUUGUCCGUGGAAAAAUGUGGCGGUUUCUUGACGGUGUUAGCGAACCGAAAAAGAAAAGGCUAUCGGCCGAUGACAAAAAAAAGUACUUCAAUGAAUAUGAGAAAAAUAAACGUUCAAGAUCGUUCCUACUGGACUGGAAAAAGGAAAGACCGUGGCUUGAAAAUACCGAGAACGGAAUGAAAUGCAGCUAUUGUAACGAAUAUGAAAGCAAACGACAAUCUUUGUUCGUUCAAGGUUGUAAAAGUUAUAAAAUUGAAACAAUCAAAUUACAUGAACAGUCCAAAUCCCAUCUUAAGUGUCAGGCUUGUUAUCAUGCAAAAUGUGUGCCUGCAAGUAUGUCGGAAGCUGGGAAAAUAGUGCAAAAGCUAAAUGAUGAAAAUUUCAAGAAAAUGGCCAUUUUAUUUAGGACAGCGCACGCCCUUGCUAUACAUAACCGUCCGUUUACUGACUUUAUGUGGAUGUGUGAGCUUGACUCUGUAAAAAAUGUUAAUGUCGGUGAAACUUACAGAAAUGCAGCAGCAGCUAAAACUUUCAUAAACUAUAUUGCUAAAAAUGAAAUUACAAAAGUGUCAUCACGCAUAAGUACAUCAAAAUUUCUCUGUAUUAUUGGAGAUGGGAGCACAGAUGCCUCUGUUAAAGAGCAAGAAAUGUGGUUUGUCAGAUAUUGUAGAGAAGGCAUCAUAUCUACUGAUUUUAUAGGUGUUGAUAGCUGUGACAAAGCAUCUGCUGAGAAUAUUGUAAAUGGCCUACAAAAUGUUGUUCAAACUAAUCUUUCUUAUGACUGGAAUAAAUUUCUUCUGAAAACUGUUGCCAUAUCAUGUGAUGGUGCCAGUGUAAUGGUUGGAUGUAAAGGUGGAGUUGGAGCUAUUUUAAGAAGACAACAGCCUGAUAUGAUUACGAUCCACUGUAUGGCUCACCGCCUAGAAUUAUCCCUAAAAGAUGCUGCCAAAUCAGUGAAAUUAUAUGAAAAAACUAUUAGUGUCCUUGCAAUGGGACUUUAUUAUUUUUAUCAUAAUAGUAGCCUAAAUAGAGCAAUGUUGAAAAGGAGUGAAUGUGCGCUGAAAACAGAUGAUGACAAGGGCUUAUUGCUACCAAGCAGGGUUGGAGGUACAAGGUGGAUUGGGCAUACUGCAUUGGCUUUACAAAAUAUCACAGUAUCCUAUAAAUAUAUAAUUAGCCAUCUUGGACAGUUAACAGAACCAUCUGAACGUGUGUCAACAGAUUCACGGGCCAAAGCCUAUGCUUUUUUGAAACUUCUUCAGACGAAGAGCAUUGUAUAUUUCAUCUAUUUUUUGAUAGAUGUUCUAAGUGUCUUAAAAAGAUUGUCACUAGGUGUCCAAAACAACCAGUGCUUGAUCUCCCAACAACACUCGACUAUAGAAUCAAUGUUGGAAGUUCUUAGAGGAUACAAAACUAGUGAUGGACCCAGUCUAAGAAAGAUUAUUAACAGCAAAUUAGAAUUAAAAGGAGAUGAAAGAGAAUUUAAUUCAGCAAGGAACAAGAUCAUAGAUCAGAUAGAAGCAGCACUUUUGCGAAGAUUCUCUGAAUUUUCAUCAUUAGGUGUGAUUAAGGCUACAAGAAUAGCAGAUAUUUUAUCAUGGCCCAAGUCUUGGGAAAUGCUUCAAGAUUUUGGAACAGAAGACUUGCUAACUUUAAUCAGUCAUUUUCGUACUUUAUUUGAAAAAGCUGGGUUGAACUGUGAUGAGAUUGAGAUGGAGUGGAUCAUGUUGAAGAAGGCUAUUUGUGAAAACACAGCCAAGUUUGAAUCAUGGACACAAGUAAAUGAAAUAUAUGGACACCAGUAUCGGAAUAUAUUAGAAUGUAAUGGAUCUUAUUUUUAAC